GUGAUUUAGCGAAAUUAAUCUUUAAAAGUUUAUGCUGGAAAGAUUUUGGCAGUUUUAUUAAUAAUUUAUUUGAUAACCCAAAGGUUCUUAUCUUUUACAAAGACAAAAGUACAGCUCUCAUAAUUUUAUAUCAUUACGGAAGCAGAAGGGCUUUAGUUAAUAUAUCUAUCGUUCUCACGACCCAAACUUUUAGAGAUUUAACGGCUUCUCAAGAACUUGUGAUUCAAGUUACAAAACAAGAAGAGGUUUAUCUUAUCAUCAAAGUAGAGUUCAAAAAUAUCAAAUUUGCCAAGAAAGAUUAUACAUUACCUUUAGAAACAAUUGAUCAAUUCAAGUUCGAUCUUAUUUAUAUUAUAGGAAGUAGACUUAUAGAACAUUUUAAACAUCCAAGAAAACAGACAUUUUUAUUUUCAUAUUUAGAAAGCUUAUUUUUCAAAGGUUUUGAAGGUCAUAUUCAUUAUUUCAAUCAUAGAAAUGAAAAUUACGACGAAUUUUUUCAAG